AUGUUUAAACGAACACGCGAAGCCUCUGCAGAUGGGAGCAAAGAUGUAUCGGGAGACGAUUCGCAGUCAUCCAGUAUCUUGUGCACUCGGAAACGCCGCCGUCUUGCUAACGCGUCACAGCUGGAUCUAUGCCAGGAGAUAUUUGACGCUUUGCGGUCGUACAGAAGCGAGGACGGUUCGCUAUGUGAAACCUUCAUGCGGUUGCCAUCUAAAAGGUCCAACGCUGAAUACUACGAAGCUGUCAAAGAGCUUAUGGAUCUUGCCAGAGUGCAGGCAAAAAUCAAAUCCAGCGAGUAUGAAAGCAUUGACGAUAUGGCGGCAGAUAUUAACUUAAUUGUCGCAAACACAAAAGCAUUCUAUCCUGCCUCCACAACUGAAUUUGCGAAGGCUGUCGAACUUCAGGAGGUCUUUGACAAAGAGCGAUAUAGGGUUCAGGCCCUGGUAGCUGCGAGCAGUGCAUCCACAGCGAGCUCCGCUAGCAGCAAGACCGCACACAAUCGAAUCCGCCGACGUCGUAGACCUAAGCGCGAGGAACCCGACGAUGACGAGGUGGAGUCUGCCUCCAUUGCUGCUUCCGAAGAUUCUCACAUCGCUCCGUCUGAAACGAGCACUACCAAUCUGACCACCUCGAGUCAAAGAAGCUCCGGCGCUUUCGAAAGUCCGUACGAGAUGCUAUUUGCUGCUAUAGCCAAAUUUAUUGACGAGGACGGGCGAUCGCUUGCUCACACAUUCACUUAUCUUCCAUCACGAGAAGAAUAUCCGGUGUAUUAUGCUGUAAUUGAAGAGCCAAUCGAUCUACGCAUGAUUGCCCGACGAAUACAAUCCGGGAGGUAUUCCUCUUUAGACGAACUCGAAAAGGACUUUAUGCUCAUGUCGAGGAAUGCAAAGACUUUCAACGAGCCAAAGUCGCUCAUAUAUCAGGAUGCGACAACUCUUGCCAGAAUCCUCAAGGGCAAACGCAGCGAAGCGGAACACCCACCUUUACGAACGAACAAGGAACGCGGCAAACGUGCCUCUCGGUUAAACUACGACCCGCAUGAAGUCGUGAUGCACUAUGCCACUUUGACAGAAGGACCCUCUGCUUACCAACUUAUCAAGCAAAAUGAAUCGGAAGCUGAUCUCGGUAGUUCGGUGGCAGGCGAGGAAGAUGACACUCGCGCCACCGGGAACACUUCUCAGAGCUGUUCGUCCGUCUCGUCCUCACCUGGGAAACGCAAGCGUGGUCGUCCACCUAAGCAUCACCCACAGCCGACGAUGACAACCAGUCAAGACGGUUCUCGCGAGUCGAUACCGGUAGAGAGCAGCUCACCAUUGAUCACAGCAGCGGUAGGCACCUCACCGACUUCGGCUCCUGCUGAUGUCCGACAAUCCUUCGGUGAUGCUUCAAGCGUCGGUUCAAAUUCCGUCUCUGGUAACUCCUCUAGCGUUUCUCGCUAUCGUGUGGGCACUGUCCGUUGGCGUGUGUCCCAAGUGCUUCAAGCUGUGCUGGAUGCUCGCAAUGAAUCGGGCCAUCUGUUGUGCACACCGUUCAUGCGGUUGCCUUCACGGAAAAUUUAUCCAGACUACUAUCAAGAAAUUGCCAACCCAAUGAGUUUGGCAGACAUAAAGAAAAAGUUAAAGUUAAACAGCUAUACAUCCUUGAAUUCUCUCAUGAAUGAUUUGGACUUGGUGUUCAAAAACGCUCAACAAUACAACGUCGAAGAGAGCGCCAUCUACCGGGAUUCAUUGAUACUACAACAAAUAAUGCGUCAACGGUACCAGGAGAUGCUUGCGUAUGAUGCUUUUUCCUCAAAGCGUAUCCAUUCCCCAGCUCUGAGCACUGCUAUCGUAACGACAGCAUCUACAUCGGAUCCUUCCAUUGGCUCUUUCGCCCAUCAUGAUGCAACGCCACAGAAGCGUCCUGGGAAAAGACUUAUGACCGCUGAGGAAGCGAAAACAAAACGACUUCACAACCUAUUCAAUACCGUGAUAAAUUACGUUGCUGAGGAUGGUCAUCGUCCACACGAAGUGUUUAUGCAUCUACCCUCUAAAGUAGAUUAUCCGGAGUACUACAAAGUUAUUCCCGAACCCAUUGACCUCACCAUAAUUCGACGCAAGAUGGAGCAGAACGAAUACAGGGCACAUCAAGAAAUGGUCGCUGAUUUGCGUCUCAUGUUCAACAAUGCUCGCCACUUCAACGAAGAAGGCUCACAGGUAUACAACGAUGCUGAUAUGCUUGAUCGCGCCGUUAAGAGGCGCUUGAAGAGUCUCGGACCUUACCAAGGUAACUGGAAUAUAACUAACAUUUGCUGUGCAGCUCGUACAGAUCGCAAUUCAGGUACUCCAGAGACCCAUCCUCAACAAGUGGUUGGGACUACCGGUGACAUGUAUCGCACCCCUGCCAAUGUAGUCGCACCUCCGAAUGCGAGUCCGUCCGGGAUGCAGACACACUUGCAAUCCUCGCCUGCGAUUCCAUUGCUUCAGCGUGUCAUCCUGGAGUUGUUCCAGACAGUUCGCGAGUAUCAAGUUAACGGACGCCAGCUUUCCGCAUGUUUCAUGCGCUUGCCUACUCGAUCGGAGAUGCCUGCGUACUAUGAGUUCAUCAAAAAACCAAUGGAGUUGCAGACGAUCGCCAAACAAGUAGUACAGAUGCGUUACACCGAUUUCGAGGAAUUUGUCUCCGAUUUGUCUCUUAUGUUCGACAACGCGUGUCGAUUUAACGAACCGAAUUCCCAAAUCUACACGGACGCUCUCACUCUUCACCGAGUUUCUCUGGCGAAGCGAGCCAUGAUUUUGAACACUUUCGCCGGCCACUUGGGCAUCCCACCUUGCAUCCCACCCGAUUUCCCAACCGGGGUUCGCCGACUGCUCACUAAUCUUCAUAAUGCCAUGCUCACCGCCUGUGAUGCGGAUGGACGUGGCCUGGUGGAUUCCCUUAUCGCUGGCGACGGAACCGAGGCGACAUUGACUUCGGUAACCGCUGCGCGUCUGGCCGCAUUGCAUCGGGCUGUCGCUGCCGGCGCCUAUCGUCGGCUUGAUCGUCUGCAGUCGGAUUGGCUGAAAAUUCUCAAGCGCGCCCGCAUCGGGGAAGGAGCGGAUCAGCCUGCGAACGCUCGAAACCCACUACCGACCCUUCAACAACGUCUCGACGCUGCCGAUUUGGCUCGACGUUGGGUGCGAUUGAGGGACGACUUGUGUCGCAGGCAGCAGCGUCGACCAUCCACCUUUCCUCUUGUCUCAUCACCGCAGGGCACUAAUGUCUCUGAUUCUGGUGGCGCCUUACCCACACAUCUAGCCUUGCUCAGCCCGGCGAUGGUAUACACAUCAGCUGCUUUAGAUCGCGAACUGUCUGAGGAGGAAGCCGAACACAAGCUGCUUUUGCACACCGACCAACACGGUGAGGGAAUCCCACCACCCCUGGGAAGCGACGAAACAGUGCUAGCAGAGAUUACUGUUCGUGAUCAAUCGUUUCAUGUCGGGGACUUUGUUUAUGUCGAGUCACUUCACCCGCCCGGUGCUUUGCACCGUAUCGCUCGCAUCCUUAGUAUUCGACAGUUUACCCCUCCCGCACACACAUCUACCACACCCACUGUCAACGAAGGGGAUACCGAGAAGCCGGAAGCUGAAUCUCCUCCGAGCGCUGAUACGUCGUCGCAUCAAGUGAUUCAUGUUCAUGUGGCCUGGUAUUGGCGUCCUUCUGAAGCACACCCUUCUCGGCGUCGACGCCUUUUAACGUCAGAAGUGUUCCGCACCGCACUCACAGAGGUUAUUUCCACGGGAAGGCUGGUGGGCCGCUGUCUCGUCAUGCACAUUUCACAGUUCAUCCGACUUCGUGCCAAAAAUAUGGACGAACGGGAUGUCUUUAUUUGCGAAUCUCAAUUCUCAAUCAAGUCACAGACCUUUGUCAAAAUCCAGAAUUGGGAGAUACCCGUCCCCUCUUACGUAGAACUGGAGCAACGACCCAUGACUUUCGUUCCAACACGAUUGCCUCCGAACGAACCGCUGGAGAACGCCCUUGAACAAGUGGACGCCUCCCUCUUCACCGAUAUGAUUUACCCGCUUCCUCGUGUCUACACGUCUAUCGUGGCUGACGAUCCGUCUGAAUCGGAUGAUAUUGUUAUACACGAACAAUACGUACAUCAGAAUGGGUUCUUAGUCAAGCUUGGUGAUUUCCUCUAUGUACCAACCGGGGCUGCUUUGAGCGACAAACUCAUAGUGCGUGUGGACAAACUAUGGAAAUCGAACGCGCAGGAUAUGGUUUACUUCUCUGGACCGUCUUUUGUCUCGCCUUCUAUGGUAGAGCACUUGCCUACGCGUAUGUUUUACCCCAAAGAGGUGUUCCUGGCCAGCACAGAACACGCGACGUACGCUCUUGUCUCGGCAACCGGGAAGUGCUUUGUCAUGCGUCCUGCCGAUUAUUGUCAGGCUUUCUGUUUUGAGCACAACCUAAAGUACAUGCUGGCAUUGUAUCGUGAUCUCAGUAUACAUAUGCCUCAAUCUCUUGAUGUGUACCAAAUCGCAGUAGAUCUUUAUCCAUAA